AUGCAUACAAGGAACUCCGAGAGGACUUCACCGUUGAUAUUCGAACAUGAGAUCGAGAGAGUAGUCCGAAGAAAUCUAGCCAACCGGUUGGAAGCAACACUUGCUUCUGACCCACCGAACACCCAUUCACCACUUACACUAUCCGUUGAACCUAGUUCAAUGGAUCCCCAAAACUCAAACCACCCAAACAACCAAUACCAAUUUCAGUAUCAAGGCAACCUUAGAGCCGUUCAAAAUAUUCCACAAGACCAACCGGGCGGUGGUAACAAUUCGAGACCACCAACACCACGAUUCCAAAACCGCGGCCAUAACAACAAUCAAAGAACACCCACACCACCACAUCCAAAUUCUAACCGACAAAACCCUUUACCUACCAACAUCAAUGACCGAAAUGUAAAUUCCGAUCAUAGGGGUAAUCGUGAUCGCGGAAAUCCCGCGAAUGAAGACCCAUUCUUCAACGUUGAUGACUUGAGGAAUGAAAUCCCCGAUGACGAACCGUAUAGUGUUCCCGGUUAUCAAUCACCGGAACACGUGAGUAUUCACUCGGAAUACUCGGAUGACGGGGGAAAUUACGAUGAGAGAGAAGACGAUGGUUGGGGGUAUGUGAACCGGGGCAAUGUUUACAACGCAAGAGGUUUUGAAGACGAUGAGUUUGGCUAUCAAAAUGCCAAUUAUGUGGGGAAUGAUAAUUAUGGUUACGGGGACGGGAACGGGAACGUGAGGAACGAUAAAUACGAAAACAACCGAAACCUACGAAACAAUAACCAAAGGAAUCGGGAUGACGGUUACUAUAACAAUAACAAUAAUCCCAACUGUAACUGGAUUCCUCGUUUUGUGGGCGGAGGUAAUCAAGGUGGAUAUCAAGGGGGUAAUCGAAGAGAUAAUCGAAGACCAAGAGAGCAAGAAGUUGAUGGUCCGCGUCGUAAUCAACAACCUCCAAGGGGAGUCAAUGACCGUUUUAGGCCGGUGGUCACCGACAAUGACUCACCGACUGUGUGCGAAUGA